AUGUCGAGUAAACCAAAACCGGCCACUGGCGGAGCAGGUUUUGGUGGUCGGCCUGGUGGCAAGAAAGACUCAUCAACAUUAACGAUUAUCGUUAUGGCGACAAUUAUUUCAUAUGCAGUUCUUUCACUGGCCAUAUGCCUGUUUUGUAUGUCUCGAAGAAAGACUAGACAAAAGUCAUUGCUCUUUCAAUUAGAUACCAUUGUAGCAUACACUAACAAUUUUUCAGAAGAAAAUAAGUUGGGAGAAGGGGGAUAUGGUCCUGUAUACAAGGGGAAGUUGCAAGAUGGGCAAAUGGUCGCAGUAAAACGACUUUUAAGGAGUUCAAGACAGGGAGUAGAGGAGUUCAAGAAUGAAAUCAUAUUGAUUGACAAACUCCAGCACAGGAAUCUUGUAAGGCUCAUUGGAUGUUGUUUACAAAGACAUGAAAAACUUCUUGUCUAUGAAUACAUGCCCAACAAGAGCCUUAACACCAUCCUAUUUGAUCCGGAAAAGCGCCUACAACUAGAUUGGAUGAAGCGCUUCAAGAUCAUUGUGGGAAUCGCUAGGGGGCUUCUUUAUCUCCAUGAAGACUCUCGACUAAGAAUUAUUCGUCCCGAUCUCAAAGCUGGCAAUAUUUUGCUGGAUAAUGAUUUAAAUCCUAAAAUUUCAGACUUUGGAACAGCAAGACGUUUUGGAGAGGAUGAAACUCGAGCCAAUACCUGUAUUAUUGUUGGAACAUAUGGUUACAUGCCGCUCGAGUACAUUUUGAAGGGGAUUAUCUCAGUCAAAACAGAUAUCUAUAGUUUUGGAGUUUUGCUAUUGGAAAUUGUUUGCGGGAGAAAGAACAAUGAGCCAUUGGAAGGGAGUCGAGGACUAGUAGAAUACGCAUGGCGGUUGUGGCACGAUGGGAGACCCAUAGAGAUGAUGGAUCCAACUCUUGGUGAGACAUGCCCAAGAAAUCAAGUUUUGAGAUGCAUUCACAUUGGGCUUCUUUGUAUUCAAGCAGAUGCAUCGGAAAGGCCCCCUAUUUCUUCAGUGGUUGUCAUGCUCGGAAGUGAUUCUUCGAGUCUCAGCUUGCCCAUGCCCCCACCUAUGGUGUUUGAUGAUAGAACCAGUACAAGGUCAGAUGAAUCUGCAAAUUACAGAGAAGGCAACUCUGUAAAUGAGGUCUCAAUUACUGACUUCGAUGGAUUGCCGACAUCCCCAGCUGCUGCAAUGGUCAUGUCAUGUCGGAGCUCAAGUUUUGAGCGGGAGUUGAGUUGUAUACUGCGGUAUGAAACAUAUUCAUUCUUCACACCCGCCCCUCCACCGCCACCACUGCCAAUGCCAAACUCACCGCCGCCACCGGCUACGACAAACGCUCUGCAGCUACCACCGCCACCGGCUACGACAAACUCUCUGCAUCUACCACCGCCUGAAAAUCCUACCCCUCUAGCACAAGCAGCUCAACAUUGCGUGGGCUCAAAUUACACGGCAGGAAGCAGGUAUGAGGAGAACCUGAAAAGCCUCCUUCAAUCCCUCCAAGCCAAUGUCCCCAUCUCGACAGGCUUCAACUCCACCACCUCCGGCACGAGCCCUGACCGAGUCUAUGGCCUCGCCCUGUGCAGGGGUGACACCACCACCGCCCAGUGCAGAGACUGCAUGGACAUGUCCACCACCGAUGCCCUGCGGCUAUGUCCGAACAAAAAAGAGGCAAUACUUUGGUACAAUAAUUGUCUCCUUCGCUAUUCUGAUUCCAGUUUCUUCGGAUCGAUAGAAGGGAUUCUAAUAUACCUUUCAAAUAUAAACAAUGCAACUAAUCAAGAGUCCUUUAACAAGGAACUGGGUGUUCUGAUGAGAAACCUAACAACUAGGGCCAUCUCUGAUCCGAGACUAUACGCAUCUGGGACGAUUAUGUAUGAUAAUUUUGUUACGAUUUACGGGCUGUUGCAGUGCACAAGGGAUCUGGACGCCACGAAGUGCCGGAGCUGCCUUGAGAGCAGAAUUGGCAAUAUCCAGACAUGCUGCAAUGGCCGAGUUGGAGGUCAAGUUUUGAGUGGGAGUUGUAUAUUGCGUUUCGAAACAGAGUCAUUCUUCACACCCUCCCCUCCACCGCCGCCACCACCACCUCCUGAAGAUCCCGCCCCUCCAGAUGAAAAGAAAAAAUCAUCCACAUCAAGCAUUAUCAUUAUCGCGACAGUUAUUCCAAGUGCAGCUCUUUUACUAGCCAUAUGCCUGUUUUGUAUAUAUAGAAGAAAGACAAGACAAAAAGGAAGGAAUGAUCAAAGCCAUGUAUCACUUAAUCAGAACGAGAGAUCAAAUACUGGGGACAGAAGAGAACAAAUCGAACAUGGUGGUGUCGGAGGAGAUGAAAAUACGUCAUUGCUUUUUCAUUUAGAUACCAUUGUAGCAUGCACUGACAAUUUUUCUGAUGCAAAUAAGUUGGGAGAAGGGGGGUAUGGUCCUGUAUACAAGGGGAAGUUGCAAGAUGGGAAAAUGGUUGCAGUGAAACGACUUUCAAAGAAUUCAGGACAGGGCUUAGAGGAGUUCAAGAAUGAAGUCAUCUUGAUUGCCAAACUCCAACAUAGGAAUCUUGUGAGGCUCCUUGGAUUUUGUUUCGAAAGACGGGAAAAACUUUUGGUUUAUGAAUACAUGCCCAAAAAGAGCCUUGACACCAUCUUAUUUGAUCCAGAAAAGCGCCAACAACUAGAUUGGAUGAAGCGCUUCAACAUCAUUGUGGGUAUUGCCAAGGGGCUUCUUUAUCUCCAUGAAGACUCUCGACUAAGAAUUAUUCAUCGCGAUCUCAAGGCUGGCAAUAUUUUGCUGGAUAAUGAUUUAAAUCCUAAAAUUUCAGACUUCGGAACAGCAAGACUUUUUGGAGGGGAUGAAACUCAAGCCAAUACCAUCAAUAUUGUUGGAACAUAUGGUUACAUGCCUCCCGAGUACAUUUUGCAAGGGCAUAUCUCAGUGAAGACGGAUAUCUAUAGUUUUGGAGUUUUGGUAUUGGAAAUUGUUUGCGGGAGAAAGAACAACCAGCCAUCAGAAGGGAGUCAAGGACUAGUAGAAUACGCAUGGCGGUUGUGGCGUGAUGGGAGACCCAUAGAGUUGAUGGAUCUAUUUCUCGGUGAGACAUGCCCAGGAAACCAAGUUCUGAGAUGCAUUCACAUUGGGCUUCUUUGUGUUCAAGCAGAUGCUGCAGAGAGGCCCCCUAUUUCUUCAGUAGUUGCCAUGUUGGGAAGUGAUUCUUCGAGUCUUAGCUUGCCGAUGCCCCCACCUAUGGUUUUUGAUGAUAGAACCGUUACAGGGUCGGAUGUAUCUGCAAAUUACACAGAAGACAACUCUGUAAAUGAGGUCUCAAUUACUACCUUCGAUGGUCGCUAAUCUUAAGCAUUUGACAUUAACUUUUCAA